GCGCCUGCUUUCUUAUACCCUUUUUGACUGUUUGCAAGACACCACGACCAGACUAUGUGACUACUGCUUUAUAUCGUGUGCCAAUUAGCACCUACAAUAUUGUUUCCUGGUGCACUUCUCACUCACCAACCUCAGCGUUCAAGUUGAACAAAGUCCAUUCUUACUCCGAGUCAUCCUCGUAAGUUACAGACCCUCCAUGGCUUCCACUAUUCGGCUUUCACGCACAGUGGAAUGGGAAUCUACGCUAUGGGGUAGUCGACCUCGCUGGACAUCUGAGCCCUCGUUCACCGACAUCGAGCAUACAACCCGACAAUACCUCAAUCUUCCCACCGAUGCUCCUUUCAAUGUCACCUUCUUUGCUGAAGGAGGCUUCAACAAACUCUAUUCCAUUGAGGUGCCCGAACAUGAGUACCUAAUACGCGUAGCAUUGCCAGUUGAUCCAGGGAAGAAAACUAUCAGUGAAGUCGCAACACUGAAGUUUGUGCGGGAACAAUGCGGCAUCGAUCUUGUACCUCAAGUGGUUGCGUACGACGCAGAUGCGGUUUCGCCAAAUAAUUUUCUUGGCUUCGAAUGGAUGAUUAUGGAAAAACUGCCGGGAGGUGUACUGGAGUCGAAGUGGCAGGAUAUGGAGUGGGAGGCUAAGCAAGUGUUAGUCAAGACGAUCGUUGGCUUCCUUGCUAAGCUUUAUGACCACCCCUUCCUUGGUAUCGGCAACGUUUAUCCUGGAGAAUGUUCACCCGACAAAGAUACAACCGAAAGACUAGUAAUUGGUCCUAUAGUCUCCAUGGUCUUCUUUUGGGACAAGCAUUACGACCAAGACGUUCCCCGCGGUCCUUUCAAAUCGAGCUACGGCUGGCUCGCAGCUCGUCUAACCUUCAUCCUCAAUGACGCAGCAGAGACACUUCGAACAUCAGACGACGAGGACGAUAUAGAAGAAGCCGAAGAAUCGCAAAAGCUCGCCGAGAGGCUCAUUCGUCUACUCCCGAGUCUCUUUACUCAGGAUGUUGAGGCACCCGAGCGCACCAUCAUCCAUCAUGAUGACAUUUCAUUCCACAACGUUCUCGUCGAUGAUUCCGGUCAAUUGACAGGGCUCGUUGAUUGGGAAUGCGUAUCUGCGCUUCCGCUCUGGAAAGCGUGUCAGUUUCCUUCCUUCCUCAUCGGACCCAGUCGCAAAGAGCGUCCUGAUCAGACGUCGUACGCGGUUGAAGAAGAUGGCCAACCCAAUGAACUCUAUUUCGAACACCUGCGAGAAUGGGAAAAAACGCAGCUGCGUGCGCUGUUCAUCGAGGAGAUGGAACGGGUUCGACCGGAAUGGGUUAACGAACAUCAUGCUGCUGACUCUAAGCGGAAAGCCGAUCUUGAAUUCGCUAUCCAGUAUUGCGAUGACGAGUUGUCAAGGAGGAAGGUGAAAAAAUGGGUUGACUACAUGGAGAGCGGAGAGAAAGAACAGUCUGAAUACUUGUCUCUUCAAACAAUGUUGUUUGGGUGAUCUAUAUCCAUACGAAUGUUCACCGUCUCAAACAAUGUCAUCUGAAUUUGUCUGUGCCAUUCGAGCUUCUAAAGGCACACGUGUAUCUCGCCUGCUGCUACGCUUAUCAGGUUGACGCAAUGUAUGUACCCCAAAGUAUAGGUAGAUUCGCCAUGCUAUUCGGAUUCUAAAGACUAGCAGCUAUAAUGCUACAAACUUGCCUAAGCAAGAAGCCUUGAGUAUCACGAGGUCACACUGUGUAAUCCGACGUCGUAGUCUGAGGAGCCGAGCAUGGAUCACCAGGGGUCUCUUGGAUAGGGUUGAUGCCUACAGGGAAGCACGACGACACUU